AUGGAGAAGACCCAUCUGAAAUGUAACCUACAGGAGGAAAUGGAGAAGACCCACCUGAUUAGGUGUCCAGCUAUACAGGAGGAAAUGGAGAAGACCCACCUGAUUCGGUGUUCAAAGGAGGAAAUGGAGAAGACCCACCUGAUUCGGUGUCUAGCGGAGGAAAUGGUGAUGACCCACCUGAUUCGGUGUCCAGCUCUAAAGACAACGCAGACCCACCUGAUUCGGUGUCCAGCUCUAAAGACAAGGACAGCCCCCCCUGAUUCGGUGUCCAGCCCUAAAGACAACGAUAGGGCACCUGAUUCGGUGUCCAGUCCUAAAGACAACGACGGAAAGCCAGAGAUAUAUACAGGAGGAAAUGGAGAAGACCCACCUGAUUCGGUGUUCAUCAAGAGGAAAUGGAGAAGACCCACCUGA